AUGGCCGGGCCCGAGGAGGCGGUACUAGACCUUCCUUGGAGAGAAGAUGACCAGGCCGCCACCACCAGGCCCAUCCUCCUGCCCAACCUGAAGGGCAGCUGCUUCGACCAUCCCCUGUACCAGGGGCUCCCACACCCCACCCGGCGCCUCUGCAGUCCCACCUCUGCUCCAGCCUCCAAGUCGUCAAAAAAGCCCAAGAUGCAGGCCGCCGGGAACACGUUCUCCAAUGACUGGAGCCCGCCACCUGUGGAGUUCCUGAACCUGAGCAUCCCACAGGCCAACAGGGGGGACCCAGCCACAGGUCCUCGGGCCCUGAGGAGGCUGGCUUACCAGCGCCCUGAGGUGUCAGAGCAGGAGCCCCAGGACCUGGAUCGACUAAGAGGCCUGGUCUCACUGGGGGAGCCGUUCUGGAACGUGGCAGGGACCAGCCCAGAGGCUGCAACUCCUGGGAUGGGUGCCCACACCUCGCUCACCUCUGGGAGCUCGGGGUGCUAUGUCAACAGCUUGGAUUACUUAUUGCAAGAGAAGAGGGAGCAGGAGCAAGAGAAGCUACUUCUCCUGGACUGUGCUGACGUCAGAGCCUGGGAUCUUCAUGAAGACGAAGUGCUGCUCACGCCUGAGCACAGGAAGCUGGUGGAGAGGUUCUCCGUGCCACUGCAGGUCAUCCCAGCAGUGCAUCCGGGCGAGACCGUGUUUCUCCCCAGGCGCCACCCUGUGCCCUGCAUCCUGGACAGUUCACAGCUGAAGCCACGGAGCCCCCUGGAAAAGCUGUUCCUCAGCUCCUCGCCGGCCCGGCAGCUCACCUUCCUGCGCCAGGGCCUCCUGAGCAGCGUCUACCUGCCCGUGGGCGACCGCCCCAUGCCCCUGCUCCGGUGGCUGUUACAGCUGCUGACAUGGCCUCCAGAAACUUCUUCGAGAGCCUUUGGUCUCCUGUGGGACCUCAGCCUGGACGGGCUCUUCCGUCAGUCCGAUGGGGACACGAACCUGUGGUGUCCCUCACUGCAAGAGGUCUCGGCCACGUUCCACAGCCUCGGAGCCCACAGCCCUGCUCUGCAGCCCCUGGGGCCCAUACAGCACACUGGGAGCGAGGCCAGCCUGAGCCACAGUGAACAGCAGGACACCCUCCAGGAGAUGGCCUUGGACAGCAGCCUGAACUACAUCUGUAAGUUCCUGACACUGUGCGCACUGGCCCAGCCAGGGGCCUACACCGACCGGAACCUUCUGGACCUGAUUGAGCUGCUAUGCCGAGCUGGCCUGGACACCAGACUUCGCCUGCUGCCCAAGACUGAUCUCCAGCAGCUCCUGCUCCAGCUCCUGGAGAACAUCCGAGAGUGGCCGGGAAAGCUCCGGCAGCUGUGCUGCGCCCUGAGUCGAGCGUCUGAUCACCACCACAACCUGCUGGCACUAGUGCAGCUCUUCCUGGAUGUGACCCCCCGGAGCAGGCAGCUUCGAGGCCAGCUCAGCCUCCUGGUCAUGGCACGGCUGCUAAAACAGCAAGAGAGGCUCCCUCUCUGGCAGGAGAAGGCCCAGCUGUCCUCGCUCUGCCAGCUCCUGAGCCUCAUGAGGCCGUCAUCCCUGAGGCAGUACCUGAGCCCUGAGACCGUGAUGCCUGGCCAGGAGCAACAGCCAAAAGCCAGUGCCCAGCUCGACCACAAGGUCUGCUACCUGUGCCACAGCCUCCUGACCCUGGCCGGGGUGGUGGUCAGCUGCCAGGACAUUACUCCAGACCAGUGGGGAGAGCUGCAGCUGCUCUGCACGCAGUUGGACCGCCACAUCAAUACCCAUAUCCGGGAGAGCCCCCAGGCCAUGCAUCGGACCACUCUCAAGGACCUAGCUGCCCAGACCUACAUCCGCUGGCAGGAGCUGCUGGCACACUGCCAGCCCCAGGCCCAGUACUUCCGCCUCUGGGAGGGCAUCUAA